AUGGAUUCUUUAAGACUGUGGACACGACUGAAGUUUGGCAGGACGCUCUCCUGGUCAAUUUGCUAUAAACAGGUGCGCCCAAAUCCGAAAAUCACUUCCGAAGACGAGGAAUUCUCGAGUGAUGGGGAUGAAGAAAGCAAUGAGAUGGAGCUCAACAUUCUCAUCGGAAUGGGACCCAAAAUCAUGUUUCAUGAUGUUGCUGCAGGUUUCACGGUCAAUGCCAACUAUUUUGAACUCACCUAUAACGGUGAGAAGUAUCGCUUCAUCCACGGCAACGUGAAUCGUCCGCGGCGGCGUCGAAAUCAGCAGCUGACUCGUCAAUUUACCACCAGACGAGGAUUGAAUCCUGUACCGACUCGGUCAUCUGCUCAUAUGCUAAUCCCGGGAGUAAUGCUACAGAAAGAAGAACCCCGCAACGUCUGGCACGAUGUGGACAUAAUGGAUGUUUACAUUGAAUUCGACGGGGAUGCUUGGACUAAAGCUUGUAAUGAUUUGACGCACGGUUUGGAAGCCCAGGGAUACGUGGAUGUUUCACGAGGA